AGGAAGUCUCGUAAGGAAAUUAGAAAAGAAGCUCGGUCCGCUAAAAAGCAUAAGAAGUUUGAUUCAUGGCUCCAACAUCAAGAAUGAGGACCGGUCAUUUGGCAGCUCACGGGGGAACUUCAUGCGUGGAAGAGGGAGGGGUUCGGGCCGGUUUGAUAGUUCGCGUAGUGAUUGGGAUUCUGGGCGUGAUUUUGAAAGCUAUGGAGGUGGCACUGAUUAUCGUUUUAGACGUAAACGUACUGCUGCUGUUGGGGAAUCUGAAAUUGAACGUAAUGACUAUGAUAGACUCGAUGGUGCUGCUUUUGUUAGUAAUAGGAGGAGGAAGCCAUUAAAUGAUUCCUUCUCUUCAUUUCGGCAUCCACCUGCACGGCGGCUGUCCCCCAAUGGAAGAGAAGAUGGCCUGCAAACACAAAAAAUGCGAAGAUCAUUGCCAAAUUUAAAAUCAAAACAGGCAAUCCAGUCACGGAAGAAUAGCCAAGCUCAAGGACAUGAACAUCUUCCUUCCUUAAAUUCCAGCGUUCGAGUUAAGAAAGACUUAGAAACUUUUCCGCGGGUGGAUGCUUCUAAGGUGGAAAGUAGGAGUUUGAAAAGGACAGAAGGCUCAAAUAAAAAAGCAAAGACCUCUAUGGAGUCCAGUGUUGACUUGCAGGCAUCUCCACGGUUGGAAUCUUCUAAGGUGGAAAAUAGGAGUUUGAAAAGAAAGGAUGCCUCAAAUAAAAAUUCAAAGACAAUAUUUAUGGAGUACCUUGAAAUGGAAAAGAAUGGAGAAGCUACCUCCGCGGACAUAGAUUUGAGAUUGGAGAGAAAACUUGCUAAGAAACUCAAGGUGAAGAAUGAGAAAUUGCAAGGAGAUGAUGAUAUUGAUAUGUUAAUUAAAGGAAUUCCUUCUGUCGUUGACUCUCAUAGUCAAUUGAGUGAAUCUCUGGAGGGUACUGAUAUUGACAAUUCGCGCAAGAAAUACAAAAAGAAGUCGGUGGAUGAAGUUUUAGAUCGUAAAUUUGUUCCUGAGGAUGGGAAGUUUGAUCCUUCAUCUGUUAGCGAUGUUGAUCACGGAAACACAGAUUUACAGACCAAGCAAAAAGAGUCAAAGAAGAUGAAAAGAAAGAAAACGAAGUUUGAGGAGUAUCUUGAAACUGAAAUGCGUGGAAGGGUUAUUUCAGCAGAUGAUGAUCUGGCUUUGGAAAGAAAGCUUGCGAAGAAGCUCAAGGUGAAGGGAGGGAGAUUACAGGGGGGUGAUGAUGAAAUGAAUAUGUUAUUUGAGGGAAUAUCUUCAGUUCUAGAUUCUUUUGAGGAUGAAAAUAGACAACUUGCUGAAGAAGUGCCUCCAAGGAGUGAUAAGAGCUCCUCAAAUAAAAGAUCUAAAGAGAAAAAAUAUAAUAAAGAAGCACAAGGAGAAGGUCAAGAACAGGAGGGAGAGCAGAAAGCUGAGAGCACUCUAUGCUGUACAGAUGCGAAGGCAACAGCUGGAGAAGUUUUAUCUGCUGGAUCCGCUGCCAAUGGAAAUGGAAAAUAUGUUGCUCCACACCUGAGGUCACGCCUCAGAAGUGAAUCAGAAGAGCAUGCUCAAAUUCGUCGACGACUAAGAGGUCUUCUGAAUAGGAUGUCCGAGGCUAAUGUUGAAUCGAUCACAAGUGAAACUUCCACGAUCUACCAGUCUGUUGGUCGAACUUUUGGUUCUCAGAUUAUCAGUGAAGAGGUUUUGGCAUCAUGUUCUAGAGGUCCUCGUGGCAAUGAACAGUAUGCAGCAGUUUUUGCUGCUUUUGUUGCUGGCAUGGCAUGUUUGGUUGGGAUGGAUUUUGGUGCAAAACUUCUGGCAUCUCUGGCUAAAUGUUUCGAGGAUGAGUAUCUGAAUGAAGAUAACCUGUCAGUUAGGAACCUGACGCUUCUGCUCUCGUACUUGUACACUUUUGGAAUUUGCUCAAGUGACUUGAUAUAUGAUUUCCUGGUGACGUUGAGCAAGAGAUUGACAGAAGUGGAUGUUUCUACCAUAUUGACAGUCCUACAAGCUUGUGGGAUGAAAUUGAGAGGUGAUGAUCCCAUUGGCAUGAAGAACUUUAUAGUUAGCGUUCAGAAUAGGGUGAAUGAAUUGAAAACUUCAUCUGUAGAAGGGCAAUCAAACACUAUCGGAAAAAGGAUGGAGUUCAUGCUUGAGAUGAUAUGUGAUAUCAAAAACAAUAAAAAAAGGACCAAGGAAGAUACCUUGCAGCUUACCCGAAUUAAGAAAUGGCUACAAAAGCUUAGAAUAGAUGAUAUAUUGAUUCGUGGAUUGAAGUGGAGCAAGCUGCUUGAUCCUGACAAGAGAGGCCAGUGGUGGAUAGCUGGGAAUAUUGAUUCCACAACAACUGAUAUUCAAGAUGUUGCCAGCACAAUUGACUUGGAGGUCACUGAGGCUCAAAAGAUGCUCCAGCUUGCCGCUGCUCAGAGGAUGAACACUGAUGCAAGAAGGGCAAUAUUCUGCGUAAUAAUGAGUGGGGAGGACUAUAUUGAUGCAUUUGAGAAACUUCUAAGAUUGGAUUUGUCAGGCAAGCAGGAUAGGGAAAUCAUGAGAGUUUUGGUGGAAUGCUGUUUACAGGAGAAAGCUUUUAACAAAUACUAUUGUGCUCUAGCUUCCAAGUUAUGCAGCCAUGACAAAAACCAUAAGUUCACUCUGCAGUACUGCCUCUGGGAUCAUUUCAAGGAGCUCGACUCGAUGCAGCUGAUCAGAUCAAUGCACCUAUCCAAGUUUGUGGCAGAGAUGGUUGCUUCUUUUAGCCUUUCACUUGCUAUAUUAAAGGUUAUCGAUCUCAGCGAUUCUUCACAACUGACUCCAAAAAGGAUCAUGCAUUUCCGGAUGCUAUUCGAGACCAUCUUGGAAUUUCCUGAAAAGCUUGUGUGGAACAUCUUUACUCGAAUUGCUGUUAUGCCAGAGUAUGAAUCCCUUCGAGAUGGGAUUGUCUUGUUUAUCCGCAAGUACGUCGUGGAUGACCAAAAGUCUCUGGCAGAUAAAUUCAAGAUUGCAAAGAAAGCCCUUAACAAUGUUGAAGGAGUCAUCAUGUAAGUCUCUGCAUAAUGUAUUCUAGCUUUAGGAUUUUGCAGGAACGGUUAGUUACUGGAAUGUCAUUAACCCAUUUUUGGUAGAGGGUUUUCUUGAUUUUUGAAAUCAUUUAUUUAACCAACUUUUAUAGGAUAUACGUGACGAGAAUUUCAGUAUAGAAGUGUCCUAGCUAGGUGACUUCCAACUUUGGAAUUGCAUAAUGUCUCACUUGGGAACCUUUCUCAGGAGCUCAUAUUUGAUUCUAGUCACGGCCUACUACUUUUUAA